UACCCUACUCAGGUAUAACACAGAGGCAGAGAACAAAACCAGUCACAAAUUGCAAGAAGAGCAUCUGGGGAAGAGGUUUGUGGACUAACAUAGGAGCCUCCAAAGGGAAAUUUUUGCAGGAGGACAGAGAUCCAGAGUCCACAUUUUCUCUUUUCUCUUCUGUGGCAAACACUUUGUUGAACGGAGAUGGACUGGAGCAGCAGCACUUCCAUUGGUUUAGUGUUCAUCCUGGCUUUUCUGUGCAUUUUGAAAAUAGCACGUUUCUGGGACAACAACCAGAGAAAGAAUUUUCCUCCAGGACCAAGACCAUUACCUAUAAUUGGAAACCUUCAUUUGUUUGAUUUGAAGAGACCCUACAGGACUUAUCUAGAGCUGUCAAAGGAAUAUGGCCCAGUCUUCAGUGUUCAGAUGGGGUCCAGGAAAAUAGUUGUGAUUUCUGGGUAUGAGACAGUGAAGGAAGCUCUUGUAAACCAGGCAGAUGCAUUUGCAGAGAGACCUAAAAUCCCAAUCUUUGAAGAUUUGACUAAAGGAAAUGGGGUUGUUUUUGCUCAUGGUGAAAACUGGAAGGUGAUGCGAAGGUUUACUCUCACGACCUUACGAGACUUUGGAAUGGGGAAAAGGGCCAUUGAGGAUAAAAUUGUGGAGGAAUAUGGGUACCUGGGAGACACCAUCGCCUCACAACAAGGAAAGCCCUUCGACAUCAGUAAAAUAAUUAAUGCAGCAGUUGCCAACAUAAUUGUGUCAAUAUUACUUGGAAAAAGAUUUGACUACAAAGACUCCAGAUUUGUGAGACUUCUAAAUUUGACCAAUGAAAACAUGAGGCUUGCUGGGGAACCUUUGGUCACGAUGUACAACAUCUUCCCAUACCUUGGAUUCCUGCUAAGGGCUAACAAGACUAUUCUCCAAAACACACGUGAAUUCCAUGAUUAUAUAACAGUUACUUUUAUAGAAUAUCUCAAAAACCUGGACAAAAAUGACCAAAGAAGCCUUAUCGAUGCUUUCCUGGUUAAACAGCAGGAGGAGAAAUCCACUACCAAUGGGUACUUCCAUAAUGGUAACUUGCUAACCUUGGUGAGCAAUUUGUUUACUGCUGGUGUUGAGACAAUUUCCACCACACUAAACUGGGGCUUUCUGCUGAUGCUGAAGUACCCUGAAAUUCAGAAAAAGGUCCAAGAAGAGAUAGAUCAAGUGAUAGGGUCAAACCCCCCACGGAUUGAGCACCGAACUCAGAUGCCAUAUACAGAUGCUGUCAUCCAUGAAAUCCAGAGGUUCGCCAGUAUCCUGCCAUUGGAUCUGCCUCAUGAGACUGCCGCAGAUGUCACCCUCAAAGGCUAUUUCAUUCCCAAGGGAACCUACAUCAUCCCCUUGCUGACCUCAGUCCUGUAUGACAAGUCGCAGUGGGAGAAACCAGACAUGUUCUACCCCGAGCACUUUCUCGAUGCCAAUGGGAAAUUUGUGAAGAAAGAUGCUUUCAUGCCUUUUUCAGCAGGGCGGAGGAUCUGUGCUGGGGAGACUCUGGCCAAAAUGGAACUCUUCCUCUUCUUCACCAGCCUCCUGCAGAGGUUCAACUUCCAGCCUCCACCUGGAGUUUCCAGCUCAGACCUGGACCUCAGCCCUGCUAUUUCAUUUAAUGUCAUCCCCAAACCCUAUAAAAUGUGUGCUGUGGCACGUUCCUAGAGCUCUAAGCAGCAUUUAUUUGUUUCAAAAAUGUUCAAAUUACUUUUCUGUGACAUCUGCCUUCUUAGUCCUUUUCCCCCCAAAAAAUUCACAACUUAAUGAAGGUUUUCAGUACUUCUAAACCAAA